ACCAAAGGUAUUAACCUAAACUUAAAUUCCGUUUGUUGAUCUAAAUCACUCCAGCAAGUAAAGAAACUAUUCCCCUCUUUGCUUCACUUGCAAAUCCACGCAGAACUCUUACAGCGAAUGUGGCCCAAUUGCACGGCGCCAACUGGACGUUGUUCCCGGAAUGCGCCGUUUCGUCCAAUCAGAGCAAACUGCGUGGAAGAAGUCGGAAGCGGCCUGACAUUUGUACCAAUGGAUUGGCUCUCUCGUAUGACGCAGAGACCGGAAACACUGUAACAUCGAUUCCUACUAUACCGGCGUCCGCUUCAUGAGCAUCAUUGUAAGGACUUUUCUUCCACCAACUGUUGUCUUAAAAGAAAAGUACGAAUCCGACGCGACUAUUUCUCCCUAAACAUGUUGACUUUAUGCGGGUUGUCGGUGGCUCUCGCUCUUGCUCUGGUGCCCGCUCCCGCCGCAACGCUGAAGGAAGGAGAGUGUGAAGUAUGUGUGACCUUUCUUGGGAAGUUUUACCAGUCUCUCCAAGACAACAACGUGAAGUUCGACAGCGCAGCUAUUGAAAAGGCCAUUUUAAAGAUGUGCAAGGAUGCAAAAGGCAAAGAAAACCGCUUUUGUUACUACAUUGGGGCAACGACGGACGCAGCAACCAAAAUGAUUAACGAAGUUUCCAGACCACUCAGCUACCACGUGCCUGUGGAAAAGAUCUGUGAAAAACUCAAGAAGAAAGAUAGCCAGAUUUGUGAACUGAAAUAUGACAAACAGCUGGACCUGAGUUCAGUGGACCUGAAAAAGCUCAAGGUGAAGGACUUGAAGAAGAUUCUGGAGGAAUGGGGCGAGUCCUGCAAAGGUUGCGCUGAGAAGUCUGAUUUCAUCCGCAAAAUCACAGAGCUCAUGCCCAAGUAUGCACCAGCUGCUGCCAAAGCACGGACAGAACUGUAACGUGACAAAAACACAAAGUACAACACAAAGGAACCCUGGACUCAAUUUGGACCAAACUGUUAUCACGGACCAGGAAUGACUGAUGUUUGACAUGUUUUUUUUUUUAAAAAAGUUUUCAGAUACGAAGGUGCCAAUGUUGGGGGUUUACAGACGCAGUACAUAAGACAUGACAGUGCCCUAUAUAUAUAAAUAUAUAUAUGAAAAUUAAGUUAAUAUUCACCUUGCUUUCAGUUAUUUUGUAAAAUAACAAAAACAAAAUUAAUAAAAAUAUAAGCCUAUAUGUAUGUUACCAUAAAUGUGACGGAUGACUCUGGAAUCCCUCCAUUCAUGGAUCUGUGUCUACCUUUUAGGAACCACUGUCAUCUAAUGUGAUGAACAGUCAGGGUGUGGAUCUGUCAGUUCUUCCUCAAAUGUAAGUACUGACACAGGAACAGGGUACAGGGAUCAGUCGAGUGUUGGUGAACUGCCUAUUCCAACGACUGAAUCAAAACCAUUACCAGGUUUGUCACUUCUCUCCAGUUUAAUGCCAUAAUACAGAGAACACCCAGAGGGUCAACAAACACUAGUGUCUUUGGAAGACCAGUGUUUUUCAUCUUUAUGCCAGUCAGGUUUGUCACACAGCACUCUCUUCUCCUGCUAAGUUAAUGUGACACGCCUUCUGGUGACAUUAUGGUUCAUAGAGGAGGCUCAUGCUUUUGUUUUUUUCAUAGAAAAUAGGAAUUUGAGACAUUUUGAAUGCAUUAGUUUUAGAGUGAAGUCUUCAGGUUUAUUAGGAAGUGUAUCAAUGGAGAUGUGGGAGGUUAAUCAGGUGGUGCAGGUUUGUCCAGUUACAGGCAGCUCUUCUUUUUAUUGUACAUUAGCAUGAUCUCUCUCAUUGCUGCAGUUCAACACUACAUCCCAGAAUCCCACUGCUCCUUUAACACUACAGAUCUUGUUAUUGGCUUCUUUUGUUUUAGGUGAAACUUUUUUUUUGCCAGGAACCAUUUAAAUGAAAUUAUGUUGGUCAUUUUUUUCUGCCUGUAUUUCCUUUGGUGGGAAAGUCCUGUAAAGAUCCUGUCAGUUGUGGAAAUGGCGGUGCUGAUUCUUGGCGUCAUCUGUGCACUUUCCAUGGCUUAACCUUGAAGACUGCACAAAAAUGCCUGGACUUUCAUGUUAGACCAACGACUUGAAGUCGUCUCCAUUAUUUAGAAGCAAAAACAGUGGACAAAAAUCUGCUCUGCCUCAACAGAUUGUUUUAAAUAAAGUGCUUGAAACUUUUAUUUUAAAA